AUGUUUGUUGUUCGUCGUCGUGCACCUUCCACGCUGAAAGUGUUGAGCGGCGGAUUUAAGCGUUGUAUUGGCCAGAAACAGGGGGAUGAAAAGCAGGACUCAAAUGAUGCCAAAUAUUUGAGCACUCAAACGCCAAUCUUCAAGAUCUUUGCCGUUUCUUCAGCUUUUCUUUCCAUUGGUUUUGCAUUAGGGUUUGCCUUAGCAGACAAAAAGGAGUCCAAGAGGUCCACUACCAAGUUAGAGGAUUUAAAGCCACUAGUCUAUGCUUCGAAAGACAGAGUUGGUUAUGCAUUAUCUAAAAUUGCCAAAAUUGUCGGUGAGGAAAAGAUAACAGUGAUGGACAGUGAGUUGAAACUACAUUCCCAAGAUCCUUCUAAAUUUAUUCAAGCCAAAACAGGAGAAGAGCCUUACGCUGUUGUUUAUCCUACUACCAUCGAGGAGGUUUCAAAGGUAGUCAAAGUUUGUUACGAUGCAUGCAUACCAGUUAUUCCCUACUCGGGAGGUACUUCGAUAGAAGGACAUUAUAUUCCUACUAGAAAAGGGAUUUCUAUUGAUGUUUCCAGAAUGGACAAAAUCUUGGAUAUUCACAAGGACGAUUUGGAUGUUGUUGUUCAGCCAGGUGUUGAAUGGACUUAUCUCAAUGAAGAACUAGAGCCUUACGGAUUGAUGUUUGGUCCAGAUCCAGCACCAGGUGCUCUUAUUGGUGGCAUUUUAGGUACAAAUGCUUCAGGAACAAAUGCUGUUCGAUAUGGUGCCGCAAAGGACAACAUUUUAUCUUUAAAGGUUGUUUUGGCAGAUGGUACGGUCAUCAAAACCAGGCAAAGACCAAGAAAAAGCUCGAAUGGCUACAACCUCACCAAUUUGUUUGUCGGAUCGGAAGGGACUCUGGGUAUCAUUGUAGAAGCAACAUUGAAGCUACAUGUCAAACCCCAAAAUGAGGUAAUUACUUUGAUGAACUUUAAAGAAAUCGGUGAUGCCUCCAGAGCUGUUUCUGAGCUCUUUAAAAAUGGUAUUAGCUGUAAUGCUGUUGAGUUUAUGGACAACAGACAAAUGACAGCUGUGGCUGAGAUGGGUACUGGUGGAGAACGUAAGUGGUCGCCCGAUCAUUUAUUGCUUUUGAAAUUGAGUGCAGUUGAUGAUAGUGCAUUGAACAGUAUUUUGAGUAGAGUUGAGAACGUUGGGAAAAGCAACAACGCUUUCAAUAUUCAAGUUGCAAAAGACAAGGAAGAGAUGGAAGAUAUAUGGAGGGUCCGUAAAACUUUAUUAUGGAAUUCCUUGGGAUGGGCAAAGAAAUUCAAACCUAAUGCUAUGGUUCUACCAACUGAUGUUUGCGUUCCGAUGUCCAGAUUGCCGGAGCUAAUUACUAAAACCAUGGAGAAGAUGGAAAAGGCGAAUCUUUUGGCCACUGCAGCUGGUCAUGCAGGUGACGGUAAUGUCCAUGUCUUGGUAAUUUUCGAGCCAGAGCAAGUAGCAGAGGCACACAGAAUUGUCAACGAGAUGUCUACUAUGGCAAUUGAAUUAGAUGGUACAGUUUCGGGAGAACAUGGUAUUGGUGUCAGUGAAAAGAGAGAACUUCUUGAAAAAGAGCUUGGUACUGACACAAUUGAUUUGAUGAGAACUAUCAAAUUUGCACUUGAUAAAAAGGCUAUCUUCAAUCCUGACCAUAUUUUCAAAAUCGACCCUUCUGAGAAAAGGCAUCCAUUUGAUGACCAAUAA